AUGCCUGAAAUUUGGUGUCAGACUUGCCAGGCAUAUGUCACUCCUGAGCAGGGAGCCACUUCAGGACUUUACUGUGGCGAGUGCGGAGAGGAAUUGGAGAGUUUUUCCUUUGAGGAAGGAAUUGAAUUUAAUGAGGAUCACACAAUGGCAGGUCAUUUCAUUUCAUCAGAGAGGGCUGCUGCGAGUGCAGCAACUGCUUUGGCAGGUGUUCCACAAUUUGCCUAUGACGAGAAUGGAAAAUUAGUAUUUUCGUCUGCCGUGCCACAAUCGACCACGUCAGAUAUGGAUCAACCCAUGACGGAGAGUCGACUUCAAACCAUUGAAAAAGCAAAAAGAAGAAUUGCAACGAUUGCACUCAUGAUGAAAAUUCCCAAUCAUUACAUUGAUCGAGCGACCAAUACAUACAAAUUGGCCCUACUGAAAGGUUGCACCAAGUCGAGAAAUCCAGAAAUUGUUGCCGCUGCAUGUUUGUACUUUGUGCUACGACAGGACAAGCAACCAUUCAUGUUAAUGGAUUUUUCAGAGGCCAUGAAAACGGACGUCUUCUUAAUUGGCCAUUGUUUUUUGGAUUUGAUGAAUGCACUGAAUUUCAAGUUGCCAACUGUGGAACCAUUCUUUUAUGUGCGACGAUUUGCAAAUCGACUCUUACUAAACUCGAUCAAGGAAAAUCAAACACAACAUCAGCAUCAAGAAGCAAUCAACAGGGUCAUUCAAACUACUCUAAAAUUAAUUGCAAACAUGAAAAGAAAUUGGAUUCAAACAGGACGAAGACCUGCAGGUAUUUGUGCCGCUGCUCUUCUUGUUGCUGCUCGAAUUCACGGCUUCAAAAAUGUUUCCAAGCAAGAUGUUGUCAAGGUUGUAAAAAUUUGUACAGUCACGCUCACCAAACGUUUAAUGGAAUUUGACAAGACAGAGACUGCUCAACUCUCUUUUGAUGAGUUUGAAAAACGAGAGCAAGAAAUUAAUAAUGGUACCUUCCAAGGAACGAUUGAAGUUUUGGACCCUCCAGCAUUUUCCAAAUCGCUCAAGGAAAAGAUGAAAUUAAUGGAACGAGAUAAAAGUAGAGACAAAGAUGCCGACACUGAAUCUGUCAUGACCACACAAAACGAUGCUCUUUUCACAGAUGUCAAUGAUAAGGAUGUCGAAGAGGCAGAACAACUCAUGCAAGAUAAGGACAUUGAACUAAUCACAACUGAACUUGAAAAGGGUGAUCAAUUUGCUCGUCAAGAACGUGAAAAAGCAAAGAAAUUGGCCAAGUCACCUCCUGUGCAAUCAAUUUCCACCCCUCCACCACAAAGCUCCUCUCAAUCACAUGUUGUUUUGACAUCAUCGUCGAAUGCGAGUAUUGACAAAACUAUUGAACAAACUCAAGGAGAAGAAGAAUUUGAUGAGUUUGAAAAUGGUUUUGACAAGGAAGAGCCUCAUCAAAACAAAAAGGCCACUAUUCAAGAGACAAAUUUACAGACCACAGACCAAAACGACCAAGCUCCUCAACAACAAGAUCCACCUGAAGAGGAGGUUGAUACCCUCUCUGAUUUUGAAGAUGACUCUGAAAUUGAAGAAGUAGUCAUUACAGAAGAAUCUGAAAUUGAGAGUCGAGAAAAGUUAUGGAAUGAACUUCAUUUAGAAUACGUACAAAUGAUGGAAGAAAAUAAGAAGGAGAAAGAGGAGAAGCGAAGACAAGGUGGUGGCAGAAGGCGAAGAACGGCCGGUAGAGCUGUGGAUGCUGUGGAUGCCUCUUCGAGCUCUAUCUAUAAUAUUGGAGGAUUAAUGUAUGGAACUCAACCUAAUAUUUCACAAGUUGAGAGUCAUGCUGUCUACAGAAGUGCUUCAGAAGCUUCUGCUAAUUUAUUGAGAGCCAAAAUUGCCCGCAAUCUUGUAUCCAAGUCUCUCUUCGAUGAGGAUGAACUCAUUAGUGACACACAAAAUCACACUGUUGAAAAAGUUCAUUUGGAUGAGGAGGCAGAUGAUUACAGCAUGACUCAUCGAUCUGUGCUAGGAAAAAGACAAAGUAUUCAGGAAAAGAACAAAAUUGAUCGAAGAAAUGAAAAUGAGUUUACAGAUGAUUUUGAGGACGAAUUUGCUGAGGAAGAAGAAACCACUAUUUCUGCUCAUGCCAAAAAAUAUAAAGCUAGGUGA